AGGCUGCCGCGUGCGAAAUCAGUGUGUCCAUCAGUCUGCCUACUGCGACUGUACUUGUUAGUUCAUAGCCAACGGGCAGAUGUAGGUGGCCUACCAAUUACCUUAGCUGUCUAUUUCAAUGUUCUUCAUCUCAAUGGUCACAACGCGGAAAAGCCACACUCUUCAUCUCGUCUUACAACCCCCGAACCAGCAAUGUGAUAUGAUAGCCUCGUACUCUUCUAGCAACACUGAUUAUCCAGUGCACAAACAACUGGCUCCUCCCCUCGAUACAUCUAUGUUAUCGACUGAUAAAAGGUAUAGAAGAAAAAUCAUAGCCAUCCACAGGUCAACCAUCGACUUCAUUAGAUAUCUAGAUUGUUGGCCAGUGAUGUUGAGUUGUCGGAGCUCUGAUCCAACCAAGCCUAUUUUGACGUGUAACAUUUCAAAACGUGACCAAGAUGGAUUCCGCUGUGAUUACCAAAAAUCAAGAAGCUAAUCAUUUAGACGUCACAAUUGAAGAACAGCCAAUCACAAAAGACAUCGACACCAGCAAAAUGCCACAAGAUGGACUUUUUGGUGCUGUCGCAGACAAACCAAUUGAAAUAAUUACCGUUAGGUCGAAACCAAAGGUUGAUUUCAGUAUUGAAGCUAUCCUCUCGUCUCGGACAUCUCCUACAUCAGCGAUCGUCGUCACAUCGUCUGAAAUCUACAGCUCAGAAUCUAAAACAAACUCCAUCAACGAUCAUGGCGAUCCCCACUUCUCCUGGGUCUACUGUACUCGCUACAGACCACCAAAACUUCCACGCGCUAAGCGAGAAAUUAACUUGCGAAACCGUUACCGUAAUCCACGCAUACCCUUCUCGACCAUCGAGGUGAGCACACUAGAGAGGAAGUUCCUGCAGACGCCUUAUCUCGGCAGUAAUGAGGUUAACGAAUUGGCUGCUGCGCUAAACAUGUCCCCUAAAAGAGUGAAGAUUUGGUUUCAGAACAGAAGGGCUCGCGAGCGCCGUGAAAGGGAAGUUCAAUGAAAACACAAACGUCCUAUAUGUUCGUGUAUUGGAGUUGUGGUGGCUACGUUCGAAUCCACGGUCGGCGAUUAACACUCAAA